CUGUAGACUCGGAUUGGUUUAUAGCAACCUAUAGGUGCGGGGUUGAGGUGGUCCCACAUAGUGGCUCUUACCAUUGCACUGAUUGUAAGAAACGCGUUGUGAAUCUUAUCCCAAGUCAUGUGGUCAACUGUGGAACAUGUAUCGAAUCAAGAUGAGAGUCGUAGACACGUCUCACACUGCUACUUUUGUAGUAUACGAGAAUGUGGGAUGUUUGCUCCUUCAAAAAUCAUGUGAUGAAAUGAUGAAAGGAGGAGCCAUCGCCGAAGUUGCUGCCAAAAAGCCGAUCCCCACUGCCGCCGUGAGGAGGACCGCGGUUGCCACCCCCGCUGUGCUGGCUGCCGCUGUAGCUGCCGGCGUCCCGACCCGCCAGCAGCACCGUGCUGCUGGUUCCGCCCAGAGGAGUCCGCUGCCGAUUGAGAAGGAGGAGGGCAGACCGCACCUCGAGAAAACUCGGCAUGGGGUCCUGAAAUUGGAGAAACGAAGUUUGGGCUUGUAGAUCGUCACAGAGGUUCAAAUGUAGGUAUUGAUGGUGAUUGAAUAACAGUUCAGUUUUUGG